UCCGUGCGCUUAGACUUGCACCACCUCUAGAGCUUUGGAAGUGCCGCCAGCUUUUCCGUCCAUCACUAUCAGCGUGGGAGCUGCUAUGUAACAUGCACAGGUAUUUGUUGAACAUUUCGUAUAUUGGCACGAAUUUUCGUGGUAUUCAGAAGACGGUGAAUAAGUUGGAGCAGUCGCGCCUUGAUACCCAGUCGAUUCAGGGCUGUUUGGAGUUGGCGCUUCGGGUGUUCCAUCCCAUAAACGAGAUACAGACCGUGCUCUCGAGUCGCACAGACGCGGGUGUUCACGCCCUUCACUCGACGGUGCACGUCGAUCUGGAGCGGUCUAAUGGGCAGCCCUACGACAAUGACACACUAGUUGGGGUCCUUAACCGGACCUUCGACAAGCAACGUCUUCCCAUCCGCGUGCUCAGCAGUCAGUUGGUGGCCGACUCCUUCCACUGCCGCUACCACGCCACUGGACGCACCUACUUGUACCGUUUUGCCGUCGCAAAAGACCCACCCACGGCAGACCAAAAUCUCAGGAACAAGGCCUACGAAGCCUUCAUACCCGUGGAGGAGAUCGAUCGCUGUUACUUUCUGCAAUCCGCAAGCUUUGACAUCGAAAGAGUACAGGCUGCAUCGCGCAUGUUCAUUGGCGUCCACGACUUUCGCACUUUUAUGAGUGUCAGCCGGCAGAAAGGGCCUAGUCGGGAUCACCCUAUGUUCACGGUGCGCAAAGUGGACGAAAUCGAUAUACGUCCAGGUAGAUCACUUGCUUUGGCCCCGAACGCCUCUCUGGCGGCCGAAAUCUACAACUACUGGGACAUUGAGAUCAAGGCCAAGUCGUUUCUGUACAAGCAAGUAAGGCGCAUUGUCGGCGCGUUGAUCGCCCUGGGCAACGGCCGCAUCGACGAGCGGUGCCUCUACCAGAUGCUGACCAUUCCCUCGAAGAACUCGUGGGACCAUCGCGUGCUCUUAGCGCCGGCCUGCGGGCUCUAUCUGUGCCGCGUGCACUACCGUGAAACAAACAACUAA